GACAAGGGUUUCUAAAAUGCAAUGGUUUCUAAAUUAAUUUUUCUGAUGGGAUACAUAAUUCCUAUAGAUAUUCUCAAGUACAGAACAGAAGACAGAAGAGCAUACAUUAGAUUACCUGCAAGGGAUGUCACAAAAGUAUGGAGUGCUCUUUCUCUGUUUACCAGUUAUGAAGGUUUAGAAUGUAUGUUUAGAAUAUUUAAGGUAACUCAAGUUCUUGCUUGUCUGAAUUUAAAUAGUAGUAUAUAUUUUCACAAAAAAACAGAAGAUUGCACAGAUACUUGAAAGUUCUUCCAAGGACCAUCCAUUUGCUUGAGCAACAUACUGUCGAGUAGCUGUGAUAUAUGCUUCAGGAUUGAAGAGACCACCAAGCCAAACAUGUAGAUUCUACAUCAUAUAAAAAUGCAUACAUUAUUUUAAAUGAACCUUCAUUGCAUUAUCAGAUAUUCCAAUAUGUUUGCACAUGAGGAAUAUAACCUUGAUACUGCAAAACUAUGAGAUGGUAAAGACUAAAACAUAUCUCACUGUGGUUUGUUUUCAAAUACAACAGCAGCUCUUGUACAGCUCAAAUUUACUUAAGUUAAUAAAUCAAUGCAUUUCAGUUCUCAUAUAUGCCAUUAUAUGGAAUAAUAAAAGUUAAUUGUACCUUA